CCCAUUGCAGUGGUAUUGGGCCGAGCUGGGGCGAUGACUGCCAUUUUCACUCAGUUGACGGCUAGCAGCCGCAAAUCCUCGAGCUGCUUUAACUUCACGAUUUGAAAGUGUACAGCACAACACAACAACACAUUUGCUGGCCAACGUUGAACACGGCACCCUGGUCUGAGCCAAAAGCAGUCAAAUAAAGUGUGGCGUAAAAGACGGUGGCAAAAAGAUGAACGGGUCCCUGGACCACCCCGACCAACCAGAUGUGGAUGCCAUCAAGAUGUUUGUGGGCCAGAUCCCACGUUCCUGGUCAGAAGAGCAGCUGCGUGAGCUCUUCGAGCCGUACGGCGCUGUCUAUGAAAUCAACGUCCUCAGGGACCGCAGCCAGAACCCCCCACAGAGCAAAGGAUGCUGUUUCAUCACGUACUACACUCGCAAGUCGGCCUUGGAGGCACAGAACGCUCUUCACAACAUGAAGAUUCUGCCAGGGAUGCACCACCCCAUUCAGAUGAAGCCGGCUGACAGUGAGAAGAACAACGCGGUGGAGGACAGAAAGCUGUUCAUCGGCAUGAUCUCCAAGAAGUGCAAUGAGAACGACAUGCGCUUGAUGUUCUCCCCCUACGGGCAGAUCGAGGAGUGUCGGAUACUUCGAGGCCCCGAUGGACUGAGCCGAGGUUGUGCGUUUGUGACAUUCACAGCCCGACAGAUGGCCCAGGCUGCCAUCAAGUCCAUGCACCAGUCCCAGACCAUGGAGGGCUGCUCGUCGCCCAUCGUGGUGAAGUUUGCCGACACCCAAAAGGACAAGGAGCAGAAGCGCAUGGCACUGCAGCUGCAGCAGCAGAUGCAGCAGCUCAGCGCUGCGUCCAUGUGGGGAAACCUGACCGGACUGGGAAGUCUGGGGCCGCAGUACCUUGCGAUUUACUUACAGCUGCUGCAACAGUCAGCCUCGACGGGGAACGCGCUCAGCAACCUGCACCCCGCUUCAGGUCUUAAUGCCAUGCAGAACCUGGCUGCCUUGGCAGCCGCGACCGCCAGCCAGGCCUCAGCCACCGGCUCCAGUGCCAUGACUACAUCAAGUAGUCCACUAAGUGCACUAACCAGCUCAGGUUCCUCCCCCACCUCCAGCAGCACGUCGUCCGUCAACCCCAUCGCGUCUCUGGGAACGCUGCAGUCUCUGGCCGCUGGCACCGGAGCCGGCCUCAACAUGGGCUCGCUCGCAGGAAUGGCGGCUCUGAACGGCGGCCUGGGCUCCGGAGGACUGUCCAACGGCUCUGGCAGCACCAUGGAAGCGCUGAGUCAGGCGUACUCUGGAAUGCAGCAGUACGCCACCGCCGCCGCGCUGCCGGGCCUCUACAACCAGAGCCUGCUCUCACAACAGAGCGUUUCGGCUGCGGGGAGCCAAAAGGAAGCCCAUUUUUUAGUGUUGGACGCAUCAAAAGCUGUUUCCUCUGCAGGUCCAGAAGGCGCCAACUUGUUCAUAUACCACCUCCCCCAAGAGUUUGGCGACCAAGACCUGCUCCAGAUGUUCAUGCCCUUUGGCAAUGUCAUCUCGGCCAAGGUCUUCAUUGACAAGCAGACCAACCUCAGCAAGUGUUUUGGCUUCGUGAGUUACGACAACCCGGUGUCGUCGCAGGCCGCCAUCCAGUCCAUGAACGGGUUCCAGAUCGGCAUGAAGCGGCUCAAGGUGCAGCUAAAGCGCUCCAAGAACGACAGCAAGCCGUACUGAACGCGCGGCGGCGGCGGUGCCGACGCCCGCCUCCCGCUCGCUCGCUUAGCGUAGGAGCUGCGCCGGUAAGUGGGGUCGUAAAACUGCGGGUGGGGGGCGCCGCACGCCGGCCCCGUGCUCCCGGACGGACUGGAUUCUUCCCGUGUACUCUAUUGUGGUUCAUGCACUUUGUUUUACCUCUAGCGAGAGCGACAAACUGCUGUGUUUUCUUUUUUUGUUUGCUGUGCUGACUUUGAUACCUUGAUUGUUACCACGUGUUGCACUUUGACAGCUUGGUGCCCAAUUUGUUUUUGUUUUGUUUUUUUUCCCCGGGUAAACGUGCCACAUUUUCCUUCACUUUUCUCCACUGGGACAAACAUUGAAGUCCGGCCAACAUUUUGUUCUCCGUGGCUGUCUUGGGAAUCCUUUCCUAUCCACCGUACCGUGAUUUCGGCCAUUUUGUAGUGUUGUUGACAAACGUUAUCCCAUAUUUGCUCCCGGCGAUGCAUUUUUGAAAAGUAGUGACCUACCGGCGGUCACGAGAAAAGCAAUACGCCGAUAUGGGGAAAAAGAUUUCGUGUUUGAUUUCAAGACGGGAAAAGUUGACGAGUCGUCGGUACGAAAAUGUCUUUAACUCAUUCACUGCCAGCUGUUUUCGAAGCAUACUUUUAUGAGCAUAUAGCCAGCUAUUUGGGCGCUUUCUGAAAGCGUAAAAUCUUUAUUCACUAUUAAAGCGAGUCCGUUUGUAGUUUUUCCAUUCUUUAGGAAUAAGUAGUAGAACACGUGCCGGUUUCACUCCAAAACACAGGUUUCUCGUCAAAACGUAGAGAAAAUCCGCAUGAUGU